AGUGUAGUAAUCGAAUGCAAUAAUGAGAAAUUGAUGCGCAAUCGACUAAUUUAAUCAGACGCCAUCUCGUGCUAUGUAAAGGUAUCAUUUAAAAUCAGUAGUUUUCCAGUUCUGUUUCGGCAUUCGCUAAAAACGUAAUCAAGUACACCAAGAAUUGUGACGGAUCACGAUCCAUCACGAUAGUCAGAAAUAGGCAAGAGGAACAAAGAGGACACGUAAAAGAUGGCGGAAGCCGUUGUAGACGGGGCAAUGUCCCGAUUUUUUUGUCACAAAUGCAGUAUCGAAAUUGAACGUUUAUUACCUGAUUACACGUGUCCAAGAUGCUCAAGUGGCUUCAUAGAGGAAUUGGAAAGCGAUAGCAGUGAUAAUGGAUCUAGAAUGGAUAUUAGUCGUGAUGUAAUUGAUCUUUUGGAACGUUAUGCAGAUGUUCCCUUAAGAAGGGAAUACGAGAUGGAAUUCUCUGAUCAGUUUGAAACACCAGUUAGUUCUAACAGGAAUAAUGGUACUGCUAAUAGAAGACGAGUUCAUUGGUCACGUAAUGCUCCAGAUACACUUCGUUUUAAUAGCAGGGGUCGUGCAGGACAGGAAGUAAUGCCUACAACUCUAGAGAAUAUUAUACAAGAUUUUGUAUUAAAUUUCUCAGGAUUAGCUCAAGCUGCACAACUACCUGUAUUCAAUAUUAGACUGUUCUUGGGAAAUCCUGGAGAUUAUGUUUGGAGUCAAGAUGGCUUAGAUGCGAUUGUAACACAGUUAUUAAAUCAAAUGGAUGGAACUGGACCACCUCCUUUGCCACGAAAACAAAUCGAUGAAAUACCAACUAUAACUGUGGAUCAAUUUCAUGUUGAUAGUAAACUUCAAUGUUCCGUUUGUUGGGAAGACUUCAAACUUUCUGAACCAGUCAAACAACUUCCUUGUUUACAUCUGUAUCAUGCACCAUGCAUUGUACCAUGGUUAGAAUUGCACGGUACUUGCCCUAUUUGUAGACAGCAUUUGGGUGGUCAGAAUUCAGCAGAAGUACACCAGGAUACUGUAGGACGUAGCUUAGUCGCCCUCUUUAGGGCAACCAAUGAAUCAAACAGUACUAGAACGUCAUCAACUUCAUCCUCGAGUGGUAAUAACGCCAGUAGUAAUCCAUCGAGUGAGAUUUGAGAUUGAUUAUCCUGUCUUAAUAUUUUCUCUACCCAGCAGAACACACAAAUAUACACACACAACACAUGUCUAUUUUUCACAUUUUUCAAAUUUGUUUUCCGGCACUGUUCGCUCGAGCAACGCUCAUAUAUACUUCGUGAAUAUUGUAUCUCGAUACUAAUAUAAAUUUCAAGCUUUAUACUUCAAUCGACGGUGUAAUGCGAAUCAUAAAAAAAUAAUGCAGUAUCAAAUUACAACUUGCAUGUGUUGCUUUGCAUGGAUUAUAAUGAGAUAUGAUCAUUAAAAGUCAAAAAAAGACGUGCGUAUUCAAAGUUGAAAUAAUCCUUGUUGCUAUAUAUAUGUACAUAUUUAUUUACGCGCGCGCUCGCAUACACAUAAUUUCAUAGUUUGCAAAAACGUGCAGUACAUCACAAAGAUUCCUAAACAAACUUGACCGAAAUUUAAAAAAAAAAAAACAUGUAUGUUUCUUUAUAAAAGUUUCAAUUUGGAUGUUUAAUAAAUUUAACGUAACAUAAUGUUUACAAAAAAAGCAAAAAAAGAAAAAAAGAGAGGAAAAACAUAAUUUAA